AUGUAUAAAAAUGGUUAUGCAAUUGAAAGAAUAUUACGACAUAAAUUAUGCAAAAAUGAUUUUGAUAAUUUAUUAUUUUGGUCUGAUUCAAUUUGUCAUUUAGAUAAUGAGAAACCACAAUUUAAACAUUUUAUUAUUGGACAAGAAUGGUUAUAUACAAUGAAUCAUCCACAAAGACAAUUAGAUUGUAGAAUACAUUUCAAUUCUAUUUUAGAUAUUGAAUGUAUUGGAGAUUUAGCCAUGUUUCUAACAUGUCAAAUAACACGAAAUUAUAAUCAUAUUUGUGUGAAAUUUAUCAGUAAACAGAUUCAACAACAACAACGAAAAACCGUUAAAUCUAUUAAGAAUACUAAACAAAAUGUCAAGUUUACAGAUAAAAUAGAAACAGUCGAAAAGGAAUGUGCUAUCAUAGAUGAUGUGAAUAUUGAUCAACAAGCUGGGAUAUUAACCUCUAAAGUUACAGAAAAUGAUCAUGAUCCAGUUAUUAGUGUCAUUCGAAAAUUGCACAUUUAUUUAACCGAUACAAAUUUUAUUGGAUAUGAUAUUUUACAAAAAUCAAUAAAUGGAUGGUAUUAUUCUAAUAAACAAUUCAAACAUAUGAUUACAAAUUUAAUGAAUUUAACACAUUUUCAAUUAUACCAAAGAUCAUCAAUCAAACAAUCUCUUUCAUCAUCAUCAUCUUUAGAAGAAAAUAAUAUUGAAGGAUUAAUUGCUAAGGCAACUAGAAAGAAUACAAUAAUCUAUUCAACAACAGCGGAUAAUGAAGAUUUACAACAAUUAAUGAAUAUGUUUAAACCAUUCUGUAAAAAUGUUACCAUGGGUACGAGUACUACUCAAUUGGACAAUCAUAUGGAUACAUUCACUAUGUAUAUAAAUAAAUUAGAUCAUUGGAUUAAUAAAACUAAAAUGAUCAAUGAAUUCAUACAUAAAAAACGGACAAAGUUGAAUAUUAUUCAUCUUAUAGAUGAACAAUUAAAUCAAUUAGAUCAUAAUUUAACAAUCAUUUUGGAUAAAUAUCCUUUAGAUGUUUGUAUAAGAUUAUCUAAUCAAUUGAUUACAAUUAUGGAGCUUCUUUUAACUCAAGUAACAUUUACAUUGCCGGCACAACCAAUUUGUCUUGGAAACAAAGAAACACUAAUGUGCGUUGAACUAGAAGAUCGUGAUAAACACAUCAUAGGAACUCAAUCAAAGAAAACAACAAGCGAUCGCAUGAAACUGGUCAUUCAUUUAAUGAAAAUAAUCAAUUUAUUACUGUCAUACAUUUUGCCAAUAUUUACACAAUCCAAUAGAAAUCUUAGUCUACUGAAUAAGGAUAAAAUCACAAUAACUGUGAAUGAGAAAGUUAUGAGAAAAAAAUUGGAAAGAGUUAUUUCACAUCUCAUUGAACACGUAGUACAGUUACCAUGUGUAAUUGAUAACUUCUCUUUAGAUGUAUUAAAUAAGGAAAGUACUCAACAGCUUAAUUGUUUUCAAAUUGAAUUGGAGACGUGGAUUCAAAGAUAUGAAAUGGAAAGAUUAGAUAUAAUGAGUAAAGAAUAUGUCCAUGUUGAUCAAUGGUUACAAGAUAUUUCUGAAAAAGAUCCAUAUGCAAUCACAGUAUCAACAAUCAGAAGUAUUUUCAAUAAUCAUCCUGAAAUUGGUAUUUUCAUACAUCAAUUCAAUGAUCAAAUUAAUUGUUUCUUUUCUGAACUUAUAUUAAAUACAUCACAUUUAUCAAUCAUAUUGAAUAAAACAAACAAUCUCAAUGGAAUUGUUCAUCAAGAUGAUUGGAUAAAACUAAUCAUUCAUAAUAUGAUUAUGAUGAAAUCCAAUAAAUCAAUAAUCUAUUUAUUAAAUUGUCUUUUAGCUCAUGCAUCUACAACAUUUAAUAUCAUGAAUUCAAGAAAAGUAAUCAGUACUACUCAUACUACUAAUGCUAACACUACUACUAAUACUACUAAUGCUAACACUACUACUCAUACUACUCAUACUACUACUACUACUACUACUACUAGUAGUAGUAGUAGUAGUAGUAGUAGUAGUAGUAGUAAUAUGGAACAAAAAGAAGAAUCUAUAUCCACAAUUAUUCGAUCACUAUUUAUUAUAGAUUGGUUCACUGAACAAUAUCCAUAUUUAAUUGAUACAUUAAUAAAUAUAGAUUGUAAAGAUUUACUUUAUAUUUUCAAUAUACAUAGUAUUAUAUCUAUAACAGAUAAAUUCAUUGAAAUAUCUCCGAUGAAUUUAAUACAAAUCAAGUUGAUUAAAUGUAUUCUAAUUGCAUUAAUAAGUCGAUUAUAUGAGAAACUUAAUAUAAUCAGUGAAAUUUCAUAA